GGAGAGUGUGAGCACGUUUUACAGUUACGAAGUGACCUGUUUGUGUAUGGAGUUGGACUACGGAGCGUAUACAUCCGCCAAGUUGUUGGAGAGGCAGCGGUGAUGUCGUAUCAGGACGAUCAAUACGAUGAUGAUCGGAGAAGGUAUAAUCGCGACGAGCAAGACCGUAGCUAUCGUGGAAGGAGCCGCGAUCGCGAGCAACAGCCACAAGACCGUGGCGAACCAAAACGUGAAUUCCGGGAACGACCAGCGAGUAGCCGUGAUGAACGAAAUGAAGUGGGCGAUGCACCUCGACGCACGCAACCUGUGGUGUGCUUCGGCUGUAAGGCAGUGGGUCACUACCGCAGCGACUGCUGGCGUUUGUGGACUAAUCCAGAAACGCACAGGCAAUUGGAAGCUGACGGCUACCACUGCCCACAGGACUACCAACGACGCGGGAGAUCGUCUUCGCCGCGACGUAACCCGGCUAUGAGUUUUAAACGAUCACCAUCGGAGGAGCCUAAGACUGCAGCUCGUACGGCGGAGCUCGAGAAGGCGGUAGAAGCCAUGAAGUCCUUCAUUGACGCUGAGAUGGCCCGCCGAUCUGCUAAAGAGAACAAGAAACUUGAGAAAGCAGAGGCUAAACAGCGCGAAGAACAAGAGCGUUUAGCCCGGGAGGAGGUGAAACGUCUAGAAGAUUUGAAGAAUCUUUAGAAGCUGGAGAAGAUACGGAAGCAGGAGGCUGACCGUGAAACUAUGGCUAAGGCAGUUGAGAUAUCGGUGGGACUGCGCUUCAGUACGGUCGACGGCCGUCUGAAGAAUAUUGUACGGGAAGUGAUAACCGAAGGACUCCUACCUCCGAAAGACAAAGGCAAGGGACCGGAGGCGAUUGCAUCCACAUCAGGUUCCGCAAAUGCCAGUGAGACUGAAGGCAUCACCAAGAGUACGGAAGGGCUGCAGAUUACCGAAAAACGUAAGCGUGGUGAGGACACACCGAUCGGAAACAGCCCACCGGUGACAACACCAGCGAAGCGCGUCACAAGACGGACAGCAAUGAAGCCACUUCGUUUAG